AGAGUGGCCGGUAGUGAAGCGGCUGUGGGACGUAAACAUUCAGUGUGUGUGUGUGUGUAGUCCUGAGUAAUGAGCUAACUGAGCUAACUGAACAAACUAACUGUUCUAACUGUUCUAACUGAGCUAACUAACUGAGCUAACUAGCUGAGCUAAGUGAAACCACUACCAACCUGUGUAGCAGCAUAUUCAGAGUAAGGUCAGACAUGAAGCUCGGGCCACCUCUUCUGCUCUGCCUGGCAGCAGCACUGUCUUCUGCCUUUGUGAUUUCACCCCCACACAUGUGGACCAAACUGAUACUGACCCACCACUGGCCCAACACCUUCUGUGUUAUGGAACAUUGUCAUUCCAACAUCAGCUACUGGGCAAUACAUGGACUCUGGCCAGAUAAAGGGACUUUUUGCAACUCAUCAUGGCAGUUCAACUCUUCUCUAAUAGAGGACCUGCUUCCUGACAUGGAGAAAAGUUGGCCUAACUUGCUUAAACCCUUAACUACUUUCUUCUGGAAUCAAGAGUGGCGCAAACACGGUACAUGUGCAGCAAAAGCAGAGUCUCUGAGCAGUCAACAUAAAUACUUCAGCAAGGCUCUGGAGCUAUACCACAAAUUGGAUUUGAAUGGCAUCCUGAGGAAGUUUAACAUCACUCCUUCCGAAAAAUACUACGCAUUUUCACAAAUUGAAGGAGUCAUAGAAAACUUCUACGGCGUUAAACCUAAGAUCCAGUGCAUCCCCCCAUCAAAGAAUGCCGAUGCCCAGAUUUUGGGGCAGAUUGAGAUCUGUUUCAAUCCUGACUUCACCCUCCUGGACUGUGAAAAACACGGAUACUGGGACAAUCACCUGGCUGUUGACAAGGCAUCCGAGUUCCAUGUGUGCGACCAUAAUAUACCAGUUUACUACCCACCUCUUUCAUAAGACGCAGACAAUGUGCAAACUGAAACACAGCAACUGACUACACUCAUUGAAACAAAUGCAUUCUUUCGUUUACCAGUCAUUUGUACAGUAAAAUUAAGAUGCAUGCACAUGCUAACCAUAACUUUAUUUUCCUCAGACUUUACAAUGAACAUCAUUGGUUUAUUGACCUUUCAUGUCUUAAGUAGCCUUAGACAAUUAGUGUAAACUGAAAACAUCUUUUAACUUCACAGAAAUGCUGUCUGAAACAAGUACUUGGGGAAAAAAUCACAUUCAUUGCAUCGUCGCACCUUUACCACAUUUAAUGCAUUAUUCUUUUUUUAAUCCAUCUCGAACUAGGACACACAGACAACACUCCACUACGACGUAGUGCCUUAAUGGAAUUAUGUCCCUUCCUGACCCUUAGUAGUAGAUGAGUCCUAAAAUGUCUAAGGUGUUUUUCAGGACACAGCAGGAGAGAGUAUUAAGUCUAGGUCGAGGCAGGUGAGCAGACUGGCAGAGUAAGUGCUCUAUCUCUUGUGGUGUUGGCAAAUGAGUGCAGCCUGGGUGUUUUUCUUAUGUGCAGAUUUGUCUGUGUAAUGAGUGUGUAGACAAAGCACAGUGCAUACCUUUGUUUGCUUAUGUGCCAUCUUUCAAUUGUCAUUCACCAUAUUCCUGGGUUGAAUGAAUUUUAAUUAUUAAAAAAUCCUUAGCACUAUGAUGAUUAAAAUCAACCAUUGCAUCAAAAUAGAUUGUGUUAUCUAUCGCCGCAUCUCAACACAAUUAAUAUGGGCUUGUAUUUUUUCAGAUUUUUCAUUGCUUUUGGGGAUAGGUUCAUUUCAAUACCCACACUGCUGCUUAACUAUGAGAGGUAGCUGUCCUCUAAUGUUUGCCAAGUACAUAAGCCAUUAUUCGAAGUCGUGCUGUAGGCCUGGUUAUGUCUGUGCUACUGGAGGACUGAUAACAUGGAGGACACAGUAACAUGAUUGAAAACAAUAGAAAGUAUUAAUCGUAUAUAUGGGGGUGUAGAAUAAAUGCCUAUUUUUUUUAGGACACAUCUCAAAUACAACACAUCACAAUAGAUAUUGCACAAAUUCAUUAUGCACCAUGUUUGAUACAUGGACAAAUAAAACCUGUUUUCUCAAGGAUGUAGCAACUGUUUUUAUAAACAAUGUUUAGACACGCACAGAUUUUUACUUUGACUUUUCUCUGUUGGUGCUGUUUAUAUUGGUCUCUUUUUUGUGCAAAGAUGAAUUGAUUAAUUUAGGUUGAAAUACGAUUAUAACUGUUGGGGACAAAUUAUGUUGUGUGAAAUUUAUCAAAUUCAUAUUUGUGCAUUUUUUAUGUCAAUAAAGCAUUUGGUAUCAAGA